CUUCGAAUCCAUACAGGAUGAGACGUCACCGCCCGGAGCCGUCCCUGUCCUCGAACUUACCUCACGCAUCGCCCUGAAUCGUUGACAUCAAUUGCAUUCUGCAAUACACUGUAUCCUUGCCCUGCGACCUCCGGAGCGCAGAUCGCCUCAAGUUACGCACUGUUUGCCCCGUUUCGCGCCCCUCCAACACACCAUCAAUCGAAUCGCGCCGCCAACAACGAUGGCCGAGGAAAUCAUGGACAAGGCGCGGGACUUGGUAGAGGGUCAAAUUGACUUCGAGGGCCAGAGACGCGCCGAGGGCUUCGCUACGCUUCUGCUCGCUAUCUCUGCGCUUGUGGCGUUCAACGUCGGCUACUUGUACCAGGACAUUCAGAAGGCUGUUUAUAUUGGGUUGGGAGGUACGGCUUUCACGUUCCUCGCGGUUGUGCCACCCUGGCCUGUCUACAACAAGAAUCCUAUGAAAUGGUUGCCAGCAGGCUCCGGUUGGCAGUAGGCCAAGCGACCCUCGUGUAGAGAUACCGAGGUGCCCAGAGAGAAGCCAGACUAAUGAUGACCUUGGCCAUGUGCUUGCACUCUCUAACAUCAAAGA